AUGAGACCAAUAAAGUUGAUGGGACAUGAGCGUUCCUUGACUCAAGUGAAAUACAACAGAGAGGGAGACUUGCUUUUCUCCGUAGCAAAAGAUAAUGCUGCUUCCAUAUGGUACUCCUCCAACGGUGAAAGACUCGGCACUUUGGAAGGACACCAAGGUGUGAUCUGGUCUAUUGACGUCAACCCCGAGUCUCUGUUGUGUGUCACCGGUGGAGGUGACUUGGCAGUCAAGUUGUGGACAGUGGAAAACGGCAAAUGCGUUUACACAUGGAAUAGUCCGUCGCCCGUGAGGAGAGUCUCCUUUUCACCCGACGGAUCCAAGUUGUUGGUCAUUGCAGACCAAGUUAUGGGCCACAUUGGUACAAUUUCAGUUUACGACAUCAACAGCGAUGCAUCCUCGUUGAGCCAGCAGCCCGAGACGCCAUCUUUGGUUAUUGAAACUGCGCCAGAUGGAGCAAAGGCUAAUGUUGCAGGCUGGUCGGACGAUGGAACGUUCAUAAUCGCUGGCCAUGACAAUGGAUACGUCUCGAAAUACGAUGCAACCACCGGCAAGCUACUCAAUACUUUGCAAGCGCACGGAAUACACAAUGAAGAGAAAAACGUUAGCGUUACAGAUAUACAGUUUGCACCGGAGGACAGGUCAUAUUUCAUCACUUCGUCAAAGGACAAAUGCGCCGUUAUUGUCGAUGUUGACCUGUUUGAGAUUUUAAAAGUGUACAAGGCCGAUGCACCCAUGAACACGGCAGCAAUCACCCCACUCAAGGACUUUGUUAUCUUGGGAGGAGGUCAAGAAGCAAGAAACGUCACCACCACAGCUGAAUCACAAGGUAAAUUCGAAGCUAGAUUCUACCACAAGAUUUUCGAAGAGGAGAUUGGCCGUGUCAAGGGCCAUUUCGGUCCUUUGAACACGGUGGCUGUGCAUCCAGAUGGUACCGGCUACAGUAGUGGAGGAGAAGACGGUUUCAUCAGAGUUCACACUUUUGACAAGUCCUAUAAGGAUUUCCUUUUCGACGCCGAAAGAACCGAAAAAGCUGCAGCUGCUGGAACCAUAUAG